UCCCACUACAAUUCAGCAUACACUACACCCUCCACCGCACUCCUUCCCUCUCCCUCUCCCUCUCCCCAACCUACUUCCUCCUCGCACUUCAAACCCAGCGAUUGUGUCAUAGCAGGAAUAAUAUACCACCCUUGCGGCUCCUGUCCCAAUUGCCUAGGCCCAGAACACUACUCCCAGUAUUGUGCUCACGGUAUGAGAUACUGUGGUGUCACAACUGACGGGGUUUUCACGGAGUAUGCGAGGAUCAAUGCGAGCCAAGCGGCGAGACUGUCGGAACGCGUGAAUUCCAAGAUGGCAGCCCCACUAGCGUACGCGGGUAUGCUGUCUGGUGCGGAGUCCUGCAAACGGAUCUGAGGAAUAGGGAGUGGAGGCGGACUCGGACAUCUCGGGUGACAGUUUUCGAAGGCGUUUGGUUUGAAUGUUGAUGCGCGAGAUGAGGGAUUCAAGUUGACGAAGAGAGCGGGUGCGUAUACGGUUGCGGAUGCGAGAAUGGGGGUUAAGGAGACAAUAGAGGAGGCCCGAAAGGUGACGAAUGGGGAGGGCGUGGAAGCGACGUUUAAUGUGAGUGCGGCGGUGAUGGUUAUAGCGAUGGUGUGUGAUGUGUCC